AUACCUUGAUUAUCCACGUGUGGUUUCUCCGUCUUUUUCGAAGGAAUCACGAUGGCUGAAACCGGUAGGGAAAAUAUACCUGGCCAGCCUUCAGAUGUUCUUUCGCAUCCGAUAGCUACGAUAGAACCACUAGAAAAUAGCAACAGUUUAAUAGAACAGAAAGAGAAAGAUGCCAAGAAUCAGGGAACCAUUAUAACAGAAGGAAAAGCACAGGUUCACUAUGCUGGAUCUGAAGAUAAUGUUUUCUAUAAUCCUGUUCAGGAAUUUAAUCGUGAUCUCAGCAUUGCAGUACUGAGAGAAUUUGCCUUGAACCACAUCAAAGAACGAGAUAAAAGUUUUGUUGGUGAAACAUUUCUUAAACCAGGAGAAAGCUAUGAGCAUGGCCUGAAUGUCCUUGAAGCCUUGUCUGCCUCUGGUCUGAGAUCAAUAAGAUAUGCAAAAGAAGUUGGAGGUCUAAAAAAUAUCCUAGCCAAUGAUUUGUCAUCCUCUGCUGUUGAGAGCAUAAAAACAAACAGCCAAAUGAAUGAAGUAUCUCACUUGAUCACUCCUAAUGAAGGAGAUGCAUCGAUCUUGAUGUAUCAACACAAACACAAAAAAAUCUUUCAUUGUGUUGAUAUCGAUCCUUAUGGAUCGCCUUCACCAUUUAUUGAUGCUGCUGUCCAGUGUGUGACCGAUGGAGGCCUUCUCAUGGUUACUGCCACUGACAUGGCCAUUCUUUGCGGCAAUGUUCCUGAAACAUGUUUCGCUAAAUAUGCAAGCGUUUCCAUUAAAACCAAAGCUUGCCAUGAAAUGGCUUUGCGAAUUAUUCUUCAAUUCCUACAGACUACGGCUGCCAGAUACGGACGCUAUAUUCGUCCACUUCUUUCUGUUUCUGUUGACUUCUAUGUGCGUCUCUUCGUCGUGGUGCAGACUGGGAAAAAUGAAUGUAAAUCGGCGGCUAGUAAAUUGUCAAUGGUGUAUCAAUGUGUUGGCUGUCAUAAUUUGACAUGGCAACCUCUUAUGAAAAGCGCGGAAAAGAGAUAUUCACGGGCCCAUGGACCCCCAACAGAUACAAAAUGUGAAUACUGCCAUUCCCGCUUAAAUUUUGGUGGCCCUCUUUAUUCCCAGCCAAUCCACGACUUGGAGUUUGUUCAGUCUUUGCUUACCAGUUUGGAUAAUCCCGAGCUCGGAGAAUUGAAAACAGAGAAACGCAUCCGCGGUAUAUUAAGCGUAAUCUCUGAAGAACUGCCAAACUGUCCUUUGUACUUGAGCCUUGAUGCAACGGCUUCAACACUAAAAUUAAGCGUCCCUUCUUUAGUUAUGUUUCGAUCAGCAAUACUGAAUGCCGGAUACAAUGUGUCUCUCUCCCACUGCUACCCCCUCUCCAUUAAAACAGACGCUCCUAUGUCAGUCAUAUGGGACUUGUUUCAAGGUUUCGCAAAGAAACAGCAUCCUGAUAAAGUUUGGCCACGGCCCUUGGGAGAUAAAGCCUCUCCUACUCCGGCUGAUUACAUCCUGAGCCGGCUUGUCGCAGUCGAAGCUGAUUUCACAACUCACCCCAAAGGAAACCCGUCUUCAAGAAUGCAAAAACUUGUAAGGUUUCAAGAGAACCCGGAAAAGAAUUGGGGACCGAAAUGCAGAGCGAAAGCCAACGUUAGGCGGAACAAAGCGGAUCGCCAAUCGGAGAAAAAGAAACCACGUUUGGACGUUGACUGUAAUACCGAAAAAUAAAAACGAGAGUAUUUGGAUUUUGUGAA